AGUGGUCUGUGAACAGAGCAGGAGACAGAGCAGCAGCACAGUGCGUAUAGCUGAGACAUGGAGGCAGAGCUGCUCCCAUAAACCAGAGAGGAGGAGGAGGAGGACGCAUCAGAUGAAGAAGAGGGAGCUGCAUGAUGUGUGAUCCUGGGGAGUGAACAUCCUCUCAGCAGAGCCUCACACACACGCACGCACACACACACACCAGCGUCAUGGAGCCAGUCCUGCAUUGAGCCUCUCCUCGGUGGGUUGGCAUGGCCCAGUGAUGAACGGAGCGGUGGUGCCCGGUAGCCCGGAGCUCUCCUCCUCGUGCCCACUGCCUGACUGGCGAGAGUUCUGUGAGCUCCAUGCUCGAGCCUCUGCUGCAGACUUCGCUGACAAGUUCCAGCGCUUCUUGUUGGAGAACCCGUGCUACGACUCGCCCGGCGCAGAUGCGAGCUUCUCACAGCACUUUGCCCAACACUUUCUGGAGUGCUUCUCUGCUGCUGUGACCCAGGCCCGGGAGAACCAGGCGUCCUCGCCAGGAGAGGACGGCUCCAACGCGGCACCCAAGUACAGCAUUGUUCCUUUCCUGGGAAUCCAGGGCUGCCCAUUAUCCUACGGUCACGACCUCUACCAGAGACGUAAGGACGCUGGGGCUUCAAGUGAAUCCCUGGACAGUAUGGACAGCGGAGGGGGAGGGAUAGAUGGGGGAGGCAGUGGCACCCCUCGAGGCCCCCAGCCGGCCCACAAGGUGUCUGCUCUGGGACAGUCUCGCAGCUCAGAGGACGUUUCAGUCAAUCACCCAAAGGCUCGCUUCAAGAAGGGCUUCUCCCUGAGGAACAUGAGCCUGUGUGUGGUGGAUGGGGUGAAGGAGAUGUGGCACCGACGGGCCUCCCCAGAACCCGACGCUCCCUCUGGAGCCAGGAAAGCUAACGGUGGAGGUGGAGGUGCAGGAGGAGGAGGUGGGGAGGCUGCAGGGGGAGAGAGGUGGUCCCAGAAGCUGCGGCUUCCCAGGGGUUCCCAGGGCCACAAGGCCGAGAUGCUGGAAAUCCAGAGGGAGGGGGUGCUGAGGUACAUGGUGGCUGAUGACACAAACUGUAUGGGCGCCGCACAGUGGCAGAAGUGUCGCCUCCUGCUGAGGAAGACGAAGAGGGAGGAAGGAGGGGAGAGGUUCCUGCUGGAGUUCUACGUGCCACCCAAGUCCUCAAAGCCUAAAGUGAGCAUCCCUCUGUCAGCCAUCGUGGAGGUGAGGACCACCAUGCCGCUGGAGAUGCCUGACAAGGACAACACCUUUGUUCUGAAGGUGGAAAAUGGGGGAGAGUACAUCCUGGAAACCAUUGACUCGCUGCAGAAGAACUCCUGGGUUGCUGACAUUCAGGACUGCACAGACCCGGGGGACAGCGGCGAUGACAUCGAGCUGGCGUCGUGUCCUCAUGGUCAGGCCUCCAAAGACUGCUCCAUGGUGGCCUCCUGCAGCUGUGAGCUGCUGUCUGAGGGGGUGUAUCGUGCUCCAGAGAGGUCGUGCCCUACAGCAGCAGAGCACUACAGCGCCCCCUCAGUCCGCUGCAGGGAACCCCCCUUCACCCAGCACCCAUCCCACAUGCCUUUAGAGCGCUUCCUCCAGUCUCCUGAGGCCCAGGCCUGCAACUCUUCUGCAGGUUGCAGUGAAGGUGCAAAAGACUCGGAUGGCGAUGCCAGCCUGGCAGGUUACCCAUGGUUCCACGGUACGUUGUCUCGCGUGCGUGCAGCCCAGCUGGUGCUUGCAGGCGGGGCCAGGAGCCACGGGCUCUUUGUGAUUCGUCAGAGCGAGACACGGCCGGGCGAAUACGUCCUCACCUUCAACUUCCAGGGCAAAGCCAAGCAUUUGCGCUUGUCGGUGAAUGAGAACGGGCAGUGCCACGUCCACCACCUGUGGUUCCACACUGUGUCGGACAUGUUGAGACACUUCCACGCCCACCCAAUCCCCCUUGAGUCUGGGGGCUCGGCUGACAUCACAUUACGCUCCUAUGUGCAGGUGCAGCGAAGCUCCACCACAGAUGUGACUGUGCCUCCAGUCCCAACCCCACCCAGGGAUACAGGCUGCCGGACAGAUUCGGCCCAGCCAGCCCUCCACCCCCCCGGGAUGACAGCGCCUGCGGGGCCUCCCCCUGACACCCCGCUCUCAUCGAGCACCUCCUCAUCGCCCACCACCCUUCCCUCCCUCUCCCGCAGCGACCCAGGUACUGGAGGAGGAGUGGGAGGAGGGUUACAGAGCCGGAGCACCAGCUCUGAGCGUCUGCUGGAGGCCUCUACUGGGGCAUCCGAGGACUACCAUGACGCUGAUGGGACCCGCAGGGCCCGAGCUGUGGAGAACCAGUAUUCUUUCUACUAAAGCCACCCAGGGCUGGGUUCAGUCAUGUAUUUUCUGGACUGGAUGAUGUGCAGAAAGUCGGAGGUGACAUGGGAUGUUGAAAAUGAUCCAAAUCACAGGAUCAUCCGUUGUUUUGUUUGUUUCAAGGCAAUUUCCUGUUUCUCUGAUCUGAGAUAGGGGACUAGAUAAUGGCACACCCACGUGUCUAUGCUGAUAAAUCCCUCAGGCUCUUUCAAAUUUACUUGUCAAGGGACGGGAGUACACAGAUGUAUAGAGGGCUACAGGCAGAACAGAGAGGUUUAGAUGUAGGAAAUGCAAUGGCGAAGAUAAACACAGGCGGAGAAAGCAAGAGGAAGUCAUCUAGUGGGGUCGUGUUGCUUUGAUUCACCUCUUCUAACCACUUCCUGUUCACUCUCGCCCACACUUCCCUGGGAGCAGAGCCCGUGUCACCACUCCGCUGAAGGACUGAGAGAUUGAAAUGACCCUGAAGAGAUAGUCCCUCCCUUCAGAGCUCCCGAGAGCAUCCAAUUGAUGUUUGUAAAGCUGCUUCGAGUCUGUCCCGGAUAUCCUCACUGUCCCCGUGGGGUUUCCCUACAAAGUCUCUGCUCUACACUAACAUCAGUGCAGCAAUCAUGGGUGUGUUAGUGUUAGCUCUGGGAUGUUUUACUGAAACGUGUACAGCCUAAAGGGUCUUAGUGCCUGACAGUUCCCUUGGACUUGAACGGAUUGUUGCCUAUAGUGAUGAAGCGGAGGAUGUUGACAAAUAUUCACAACGGCCCAUGAAUUAAACGCAGGCGAUUAUUUUACUCAUCGGUUUCUGCUUAAAACACACCGAUCACACAUAUCUCUGCAUACUGAAAGGGGAUUCGUUCUCACAGUUAUGUUGGUAGCUGCAACAUACACGCAGGUGGUCAUAUUUUGAGUUACAAAUCAGUUUCAAAGCGUCUAAUACAAGUUCAGUCCGUACGAAUAUGGCGGGGUGUCAUACUGGGUUAUUUCUAUGAGUGUGUGUGGAGUCCAAAUGUUUUUCAAUGAUCGGUGUGCUACAGUAGUGUUUCCAAAACAUGGUUUUCAGGGUCCCUCUGUCUGAUGCUGGUUCUGUAUUCAAGCUCAUCAUAUCGAUAACCUGUAGAUUAGAGAUGCUGUUAAUGUAGGAGCUCACUUUGAAGUAAUGCCUUGGAGAUAUUAUUAUACCAAAUCCAGCAGAGGGGGGGACUUGAGACGUGUUUGUUAGGAAGGUGACAGUAUUGUGCACUGUUUGUGAAGCCUGCAGGUGAACGUGUGGCUGAACUGGAACAGUACAGUUGGUCAGAUUAACAGUACUAGAUGGCCAUGCUUGAAUAGAAAAAUGUACGUAGAUACAUUACAUCACUCUCAUGUCUGUCACAAAUAUGUAGUUGUGCGUAACAUAAAGAUUGGAAACAGGGGUAUGGGCACAGCUUGCCUAGCACUGUCUAACAAAAUCCAUUGACCACCACCACCUCGCGAGCUGGCUUAACAACCUGUAUUUCAUUUGUUUAGUUCGUGUAAAACCAAAUCACAUUACACAAAAUGACCAUCACCGUUUUGUGGUGGUCACGUGCCCGACUUCGAGGUCACGACCAUUUGCCAGGCGGCCAGUGAAGAUUUCAAGCUAUUACCUGUUCCAAGAAAUAUUCCAGCGUAUAUCCUAUUGUAAAAUGAUAACUUGUAUUUAAAUUGUUUGUGCAAAUGAAACAAACAAGCCAGAAUGUGGGCAAUAGGUCGGCCUAGAUUUAGGUAUUUUGGAUGUUCCAGGCUAGCUGGUUUCUCCAUUUAGCUAAGCUAGAUUAGCUGACUCUAAAGCAAUAGCUAAUUAACACGUAUUUAAUUUGUUUAUUCCGUAUAAAAGUCAAAGUGCAAAAAUAAUCACCACGUCUGUCAAUAGAAUGGCAUAUAUCCUCGUAAAAUGUUGAUUUGCAGUUUUUACACUUACAUUUGAACUCAUUAAAAACAAUAAGUAACGUGUUAGUAAUUGAACCUUAGAGGUGCUGUUAGGUAGAGUUUCUUACUUUUGGACAGAGCCGUGCUAGCUAGUGUCCCCAUUUCCAGGCAUGGUGCUAAGCUAUAUUAGCUAGCUGUUAGCACUAAGUUAAUGUUUGCCGUACAGAUAUUAGAAAGCUAUCGAUCAUUCAUCUCUCAACAGGACAACAAGUGACUCCUUUCAAAUCACUGCAAGCAGCUACAGUAUUUCAAACAUAUGCAACACUUUAGUUCAGUCGGAACAAACAUAUCAAGACUCGGCGUCUGUCUCGUCAAGCAUGGCCAUUUAGCUUCCAAGGUGAAAUUUUGAUUGAGUGGAGCAGACAAAGCAGUUCAUGUGCCAAUUUGAAUCCUAUUUUUGAAACAUAUUUAUUCCUCGGCUGUUGUAAAUGACAUUUUUUCCUAUCGAGUCUUAUUUAUGUAGAGUUGAUUGAUUCUUCUUGACGAAACAUCCUCAGUGAAACCCGUCUGUCGCAAAACAGUCCAUCUCACAUAUCACAGAUUGGCUCACGUCUCCCUUUUAUUUUCUUAACACUUCUUAAAGCUGAAUUUUUCUGUUGUCUGAGUGAGUUUUGAAGAGUCUGUGCAAUUUUGUACAAAGUGAUGUACUUGACAUACUACUUUAUAUUUCUGUGAAUAAAAUAUGAACAAACAA